AUGAGGAUUCUCAUACUCACUCUACUUGUGGCUAUGUGCGUCAGCGCUGGCUUCAUCGACCUCAAGCCCGGGAGCCUUAAAAUCCUUAUCAAAGAAAAAGUGAAGAAGACUAUGGACCGCAUCAAACAGGUCGGAACAGCUGCCCAUGAGAUUGGUCAUGCACUUGGUUUCUUCCAUACGCAUUCGAGACAUGAUCGUGACAAGUAUAUCACAGUAGACAAAGAAAAUAUUAAGCCUGACUGGCUUGACCAAUUCUUACUGGAGACGCCUGAAACCAAUAACAAUUACGAUCUAACAUAUGAUUACGGAAGCCUGAUGCACUACGGAACAACAAGUGCUACCCGCAACGAAAAACCUACCAUGGUACCUACUCUGGAUGCACGGUACGGAGAAACUCUGGGAUCUCCUUUCAUUUCCUUCUAUGAUUUGCUUAUGCUCAACAAGUACUACAAUUGCACCGACGCAUGCAAAGGAACGAAAACGGUGUGUCAGAAUGAGGGAUUCCCUAAUCCUCGUCGUUGCUCAGAAUGCAUAUGUCCAAGCGGGUAUGGUGGAAAAUUGUGCGAGAAAAAGUAA